AUGGAGCUAAACUACCAGAAUUGCUUGCAACUCGCUCCACACGCUCUUGUCUCGUUGGCGUUCGUUGGCUCAAUCUUCCCAUACCUCAACGCGCACUACCGAUCACUUUCACAACAAACGGCUCACUCCCUGCUGGCUCUUUUCUAUCUAGUGUGUCCAAGGUGUUUCCUGGCGGUCACGGUGACAUCAAACUUCAAUGUGUUGCACAUUUUCUUGCAGAAUUUCAUCGCCGCCGCUCAUAUUGGCAUCGCUUACUAUAUCCGCGCUACCGCCAAGUCCGAGGCAAGGGAUGAACAAGGCAUUAUCUUUGCCCGUGCCAUCACCGCUUUUAUGUCAAUCUUUACGAAACUCUUUGUGGCUUGGCAUGUCUCAGAAAAAGGAUAUAAAGGAGUCGGGAUCUCGGAUUGGUUCGUUAUCUGUUCCCUGCUCACUGAUGGAGUUUGGUUUUUCACGGAAACGUUGAAAUUCUUCCUCAACCGUCGCACUUUCAAAGAUGAAGUUGAUGAGAUGUGCAAGAGGACUACACUUUGGUUGGAGGGAAAAGGCUCUUUCUAUGCGGAGAACUCGUUUUAUGCUGAUGCUGCUUUGUCACUCUUGCAAGCGAUGCUUCAUUUCGCUUUCCCCAAUCAUAUUCUCAAAUUGGUGAUCCGUUCCGAAUUCACUCUCGACUCCCAUCACAUCAUGUGGUGUCGUCUGUUCGGUGUGAUGUCUCUCCUUUCAUCAAUCAUUUCCCUUCAUGCUCGUCACUUCUCUCCACAGGCUCAAAUCCCAUACUUAGCCAGUCGACUUGUGACUCAAAUGGUGAUCUUCGGACUGAAUGUAUGGGGACAUUGGGUGUUGAAUGUCUAUGGAGCGAAUCAUAUCACUCCAUUCAUGAUCUCCGGCUUCUACACAUCUUUUCUCUUCUCUACGUAUUUUCGACUGAAAAAAUUGUAUAAUGAUGCAGAGAACCCUAACCGCACCACUGUCACCGCCCGAAUUGUCAAAAAUGUUGAUGAGAAGAAGGAGGAA